AUGGCUCUGUCCAAUCCCAACUCUAGAUUCCAAAAAGACCAAAGGUCGAGCUCAAACAAUAGCGAGAACCCCAUGGCCGCAAAUCAUCGUGCCCAGGCGUCGUCUCCUUCAGCAAGACUGUCGACUCCAAUGUCUUCCACAUCGCCGCGUGGAGUACCUCCCAAUCCAUAUCUCAAUUCCAAACCCAAUUCCAAUAGCAACCUCAGCUCGAUGAGCGGCCAACGUCCCAGAUUGCUGCUGUCUCAUCGAUCUCACGACUCGUCAUCUUCCACUGCUCAGGACUACGACGACCACAUUUCUCAGAUAAAUGUCGGCAACUCCUACAAGAACAUCGACUUGAAUGUCAUUGGUAAGCAUUUGGUGAGUCCAGAAGAUAGCUUGAAGCAACAAGGCGGGGAUAUUACUCGGAGAUUGUAUCAUCAAAUGGAAAAUGUUUCUGAAUCACCCGGCCACAGCCAUGGCGGUGAAGAUGCAGACUCUGCACGUGGUGUUGCUAGUGGUGGCAAUGGAAUCGCUAUAGGUAACCCCAAGAGACGCACCAGAAGUACCUCCUUUUCAGCCUUGGAAGAUGCGCGAAGAGGUUCAACUGCAAGUGACAUCAAUGUCCCCGGAGGAUUCAGAAGAGAGUUUAUCAUUCAAAAAUCACUCAAAAAGAAUGAAGAGCCUCCAAACUUUCUCACCAAGAACUUUAUGGAGUUCUUGAGCAUAUAUGGACACUUUGCCGGUGAAGACUUUAGCGACGAUGACGACGACGCCAGUAAGAGUUUUGAUGACGCCAGCUUGAGUGACUCAACCAGAGUUGGCGGUAGUGGCGACGACUAUGAAGAUGUCUUUGACGAAGACUCCAACUUGUUGUUAUCGCCAACUGAACGAAGAGGCUAUGGAUCUACUCACCACAUUCCCAAACAGCUACCACCGCGUCGUGAACCUCCUCCAAGAGGCACCGCUACAGUGGCCAAGACUUUUUUCCUCGUGUUCAAAGCCUUGGUGGGCUCGGGUGUGCUAUUUUUGCCCAAGGCUUUCUACAAUGGAGGGUUGUUGUUUUCAAUCAUUACGCUUUCAUUGUUUGGAUUCCUCACUUAUUUUUGCUACAUUGUGUUGAUACAGUCGAAACAGGUUUUGAAAUUGACCUCCUUUGGCGAGUUGGGGUACAAGACGUAUGGUGCUCCAUUGAAGUACUCUAUCUUGGUGUCGAUUCUUCUCAGCCAGAUUGGGUUCGUGGCCACCUACAUUUUGUUCACCGCGGAAAAUAUGAUUGCGUUUAUUGAACAAUUUGUCCUGACCAAGCCCGAAUGGCUUAAUCGAGCAAACGUUGUCAUUGUUCAAUGUGUAUUGAUGAUCCCCUUGGUGUUGAUUAGAAACUUGACCAAGCUCUCGUUAGUCUCGUUGAUUUCAUCCGGUUUCAUCAUUAUUGGUCUCUUGAUCAUUUUCUGGUUCUCGGGAUUAAAGAUCUACUUGGAAGGUGUCGGACCAAAUAUCGAAAACUUCAAUCCAAACAGUUGGACAAUGUUGAUCGGUGUCGCCGUCACUUCUUUCGAAGGAAUCGGGUUGAUCCUCCCCAUUGAAGCUUCCAUGGCUGAACCCGAGAAAUUUCCCAUAGUUCUAUCAGUCAGUAUGGCAGUAAUUACCGCGAUUUUCGUCGCGAUUGGUGCCGUGGGGUACACUGCAUUUGGCGAUAAAGUAAAGUCCAUUGUCAUACUAAACUUGCCCCAGGGAAACAUUGCAGUCCAAUCAAUCUUGUUUCUUUACUCCAUCGCCGUGUUCUUAUCAGCUCCAUUGCAGUUGUUCCCGGCAAUCAAAAUCGGGGAAUCGGUCUUGUUUAGACACCGGGGCAAGCAGCGAAAGGGAGAAACUAGCUCAAAUUCCGAUGGGAAAUUGUACCACCACUCGGGAAAACACAAUCCUCAAGUCAAAUGGUUAAAGAACGGCUUCAGAGCACUUUUCGUGGUGGCGAUUGCCUUUAUCGCCUUUUUGAACGCCAACAACAUCGACAAAUUUGUCUCGUUCAACGGUUGCUUUGCUUGUAUUCCAUUGGUGUAUAUCUACCCCCCGCUCAUCCAUUUGAGAUCGUUGCGAAAAAAGGAGCAGUAUACAACUGCAGACCACUGGUUGCCAAUAUGUGAUUAUACAUUGAUUAUUGUUGGUAUUGCAACAGUCAUUUACUCAAGUUAUCAAAUCAUAUUCCUCAAUUAG